CACCGAGUUUUGAACCCGGCCAUUGUAAAUUAACUCAAUUUUACUUUAUUCUUGCGUGUCUGUGAUCGCUACAUCAAACCAAACAAACCUUCGCGCUUGGAUUUUUUCCGUGAGCUUCCGAUAUUUUCAAGACGAUAUCGCUCGGAUUGCUGCGUUCAAGUUUUGUCACAGAUUCGCGUUCCUGCGGUCACAUUCUCGUCUAAAUCUCCAGUAAAUUUCGCUCAAAUAAGAUGUCUCACACAAUAUUACUGGUACAACCCGGACCCAGACCUGAAACGAGAACAUACUCGGAUUACGAGAGCGUAAACGACUGUAUGGAAGGUGUUUGUAAAAUUUACGAAGAACACUUGAAGAGACGAAAUCCAAAUACCCCAACCAUUACCUACGACAUUACCCAGCUGUUCGAUUUUGUCGAUCAGUUAACGGAUAUAUCAUGUCUCGUAUAUCAGAAAUCGACCAACACGUACGCCCCUUACAACAAGGAUUGGAUAAAAGAAAAAAUAUACGUUUUAUUGCGCAGAGCAGCGUCCGGGUCAAUGAGCGAUUAAUGAGUAAUCAAUGUAUAAAAAAAGAUAGACUCGUAUUCUUUCGUACACAUAAAAAUGUAUAAAAAUUUAUAUAAGGUUAAGAACAAUUGCGUCGUACUCGGCGUAAUAAAACUGAUGCUAUCUUUGUCUCUGUCUAAUAUUAUAAUUGUACUUUACAUAAUUUUGUAUACAUCCUAUAUAGGUUUCUUUUGUCUGUAAAGUAUCCCCCCGACCAUACCAACACAUUCUCGUUAUAAUUUUGUGGCAUUUAAUAACUAACACAAGUGGUACUUUUUCAAUACCAUCUGUAUAUUUAUUAAAAUAAACCACUUUUUUUUGUA